GUACUGUACAUUGGUGGUUUGGAUUGCUUUCAUUGUGCUACAUAUGGGUACUGUGAAUAAAGCGCUGACAAUGAGUUUCUCAUUCUCUUUGUCCGCGUCUAUACCUCUAAUAUUGUUAUUUUUCCCUAAACUUUAUAUUAUACUUCUACAUCCGGAAAAGAACGUUCGAUCUUCGUAUACUACGACAAAAUUAAUACGAAGUUCGACGAAAUCUUCAAGCUUGGCUGGAGGUGGUGGUGUUACACGAACAGCCUCUGUUCAUGUACCAGUGACAAAUAUCAAAGGUCCAAUACAAGUAGAUAACUCGACGCAAACAGACAUGGGAAAGAAGAAACCAGUCGACGAGGAUGUGGCUCAGCUGGUUGAAGCUUGCCGGCGAUAUACGGUAAGCUUAUGAAU